UUCCACACUUUGAGUUGUAAUUCUAGGUUCUUUUCUAAAGUCCGAGACCGUUGGUGCCCAAUACCUAAAAGCAAGCUCCUCGUAACGUCGCUGCCUACAUUCCUAUCUUACCUAAGGUACCUUGGUUAAGGUGAAUAUCCAACGACUUCACUCCCGGUGCGCAAUUUGUCAUGUACUUUUCUCAGAAACUCGGAAUUAUUGCCCAUUGUCGCCAACAAUUUCAUAUUGGUUUCUA